UCGGCGGCGCGGGCAGCGGACGCGGCUCGCUGGCGCGGUGCGCGCCGUGCGGGAAUCCCUGCGCGGGCGGGAUGGAGGCGGGCGGCGUGGGCGACUCGCUCCUUGCCGGAGCUUGCGUGUUCUUCACCCUCUGCAUGUUCUCCUCCGGCCUCUCGGACUUCAGGCACAUAUGGAAGACUCGGAGCGUGGACCAUGUGCAGUUCCUGCCCUUUCUCACCACGGACAUCAACACCCUGAGCUGGCUGAGCUACGGGGCCUUGAAGGGAGACUGGACGGUGAUCAUCGUCAACGCCGUGGGCACUGCGCUGCAGACCCUGUACGUCCUGAUGUAUCUGCACUUCUGCCCGCGGAAGCGCACGGUGCUCCUCCAGACCACGGCCCUGCUGGGCAUCUUGCUCCUGGCCUUCAGCUACUUCUGGUUGCUGGUACCUGAGGAACAGCAGCUUCAGCAGCUGGGCCUCUUCUGCUGUAUCUGCACCAUCUCCAUGUACCUCUCACCAAUGGCUGACUUGGCCAAGAUCAUUCACACCAAGUCUACACAAGGCCUCUCUUGGCCACUGACCAUUGCUUCCCUCCUCUCCUCUGCCUGUUGGACCUUCUACGGGCUCCGUUUCCAGGACCCUUACAUUACAGUGCCCAAUCUUCCUGGCAUUCUCACCAGCCUCCUUCGCCUCUGGCUCUUUUGGAAGUACCCACAGGAGAGAGACAGGAGCUACCAGCAUUUGCAAACCUGAAGAGGUCCAGCACCUUAAUAUCAAAAUGUUACCAAAGAGAAUGCCUUGUUUCAGCCAUUCCUGCUAUAGAACUCCAAGGCUGUCUCAAAGAGACUUCAAGAAUUGAAGGACCAAAGAAAGAUUCAUUUUGAUGGGACCUGGGAGAUUAAUCACUUUUAUUUUUUAUUAUUUUUGAGAUGACAUUUUUUAAUUUGGGAGGUUGGGGAGAAAUCUUUAGAAUGUGCCUUAAAAUAAACUGUUCGCAACUCCUGCCUCUCAUGA